UAUGCUUAUAAUUGAUGACGUGGGGCCGGAAGUCACCUCGCUCCUUUGAAAAUUCAAUAUCUCGCAGCAUUAUUUUCCAGUGCCCACCACUCUGUUUUCAUACAGGUGCAGAAACGUGAAAACAUUUCGGUUCUGCACUGCUCUGUAUCUGAACGUGGUGUUUCCUUCUCAUUUCUAUGUACCGGAAUACCAGAGAGCUUCUUCCGUUUACCGAUUGAACUUCAGGAAUUCAGAUUGAGUAGUUGCGCCGGCGUUGGUGAUGGCGCUGGGGGAGAGAGUGAGGGCAAUCUUGAAAGACAGAUGGCUGGUUUUCGUGGCUUCGAUGUGGGUCCAGUCUUGCUCCGGCAUCGGAUACAUGUUCGGGAGCAUCUCCCCUGUGAUCAAGACCGCCAUGGGCUACAAUCAGAGGCAGGUCGCCCUGCUUGGCGUCGCUAAGGACUUGGGUGACGCUAUUGGUUUCCUUCCCGGGAUUCUCUGCGAGAUUUUGCCCAUCUGGGUUGUCCUCUUCAUUGGAGUUCUGCACAACUUCUUCGGCUAUGGCCUCGUCGGGCUUAUUGUUGCUCAUAGGCUCCCUGAGCUCCCUCUAUGGCUGCUUUGUAUUUUGAUAUUUGUAGGGACAAACGGUGAGACAUACUUCAAUACUGGAGCUCUAGUGUCCUGUGUUCAAAAUUUUCCCAAAAACCGGGGUCCAAUAGUUGGGAUCCUAAAAGGAUUUGCAGGGUUGAGUGGUGCAAUUUUGACACAAGUUUACACAAUGAUCAAUUUCCCUGAUAAAGCAUCACUGGUUUUCGUGGUUGCUGUUGGGCCAUCAAUUGUGAUCACUGCUGUGAUGUUCCUUGUGAGACCUGUGGGAGGUCACAGGCAAGCCAGGCCAUCUGAUAAUUCAAGUUUCCAAUUCACUUACAGCAUUUGCCUUAUUCUGGCUGUAUAUCUCUUUGCAGUUUUGAUUCUCCAGGACUUGACUAGUGUGAGCCAGAAAAUGAUAACCCUGUUAACUGUUAUCUUGGUUGUCCUCAUUUUGCUUCCAAUUAUAAUCCCAAUUAUUCUGGUAUACUCCUCGGGGUCAAGACCUCAACUAGAGGAGAGCCUUCUCACUGAAUCAGAGAAACAAGAACCCUCUCAAACUAUGGAAAGGAACAUGUCUAUAUUUAGUGAGCUUGAGGAUGAGAAACCUCCAGAGGUUGACACACUGCCACCAUUUGAAAGACAGAAAAGGAUUGCUCAUUUGCAAGCGAAACUAUUUAAAGCAGCUGCAGAAGGAGCUGUUAGGGUGAAGCGUAGAAAGGGACCGCGCAGGGGGGAAGAUUUUACUUUACUUCAGGCACUUGUGAAAGCAGAUUUCUGGCUCAUGUUCAUCUCACUGAUAUUAGCAUCUGGUUCUGGUUUAACAGUGAUUGACAAUCUUGGGCAGAUGUCUCAGUCUCUAGGGUAUUCCAAUACCUCCAUAUUUGUCUCUAUGAUCAGUAUCUUUAAUUUUCUUGGCCGCGUUGCUGGUGGAUACUUCUCUGAAAAUAUUGUGAGGAAUUAUGCCUAUCCAAGGCCGGUGGCAAUGGCUGCUGUUCAAAUAGUUAUGGCAAUGGUGCUAUUCUUUUACGCCAUGGGCUGGCCUGGUUCAAUUUAUGUACUAUCAAUCAUGAUAGGCCUUUGUUAUGGGGCCCACUGGGCAAUUGUCCCGGCCGCAGCAUCUGAACUUUUUGGAUUGAAAAGCUUUGGAGCUUUAUAUAAUUUCCUGACCCUGGCAAGUCCUGUAGGUUCUUUGGUCUUCUCCGGUGUAAUAGCCAGUGGUAUCUAUGACUACGAAGCAAAUAAGCAACAAGAACUCAGAAGGAAAACUCUGGGACUCGGAAUAACGUCACUUGCAGAUGAGGAAGCCCUUGUUUGCACUGGCACUGUAUGUUAUUCCCUCACAUGUGGAAUCAUGUCCGGUCUCUGCAUUAUUGCGUGUGUCCUCAGUUUGAUUGUUGUCUACCGCACGAAGAGAGUUUACGCUCAGCUGUAUAACAAAGCCUGAAACUGAAAUUAGAAUGUUACGGUAUGGUCUCUCUAUUUUGAUCGCGGCUUUUUGAAUAUCUGACUUCAUUUGCUGUGCGGGUCAUUCCAUACGCAAUCAGAAGGGAAAAGAUAGCCGGUCAGUCAAUACCAGAUCUCCAUUUUUUUCAUGCGUAACAUGAGAUAUCCAUGCAUGAACAGCUUAUUGAAAUUUUUUAUUGUAAACCAUACCAUCUGUGAAUGUCUUGAAAUAAUUUCCACAAUAUUAUUUUUUCCUACAAGUCUAAUCAAGACCUGGGAAAAAAGUUGAUCAUUUUCUUGAAGUGACGCCAAGUUGAUCAUUCAUUCAUUCAAUUGUAAUAAUAUUUCUGGUGCUAAAUUUUACAGUUGUACGAUUAGGGAUGGACCCCGUCUCUUAC